UUUCCAAACAACAUGAUGACUUUUUCUCUAAGAUUCUCUCCAAAUGACCUCAAAUGUAAAUUGGAAUUCUUCUCUCGCCUGGUGGCAAGAAGCACAAACUUGUGUUCCACCUGUGUUCUGAGUAUCCAUCAGUUUGUCACUGUUGUUCCUGUUAAUAGACUUAAAGUUACACUCAGAUCAAGUGCCCCAAAUGUGGCGAGUUAUUCUUGUUACAGUUGUUGGUUCUUCAGUGUCUUAAAUAACAUCUACAUUCCAGUUAAGGUAACUGGGCCAUGGAAUACAGAUAACAGCUCUGACUCUAAAAGCAAGCUUUUCUGUUCCAAUUCUGGAUUCAGUGUAGGCAUUGUCUUCUUGCGGUUUGCCCAUGAUGCCACAUUCAUGAGCAUCAUGGUCUGGACCAGUGUCUCCAUGGUACUUCUCCUCCAUAGACAUCGCCAGCGAAUGCAGCACAUCCUCACCACCAAUCAGAACCCCAGAGGCCAAGCUGAGACCAGAGCAACCCAUACUAUCCUAAUGCUGGUGGUCACGUUUGUUAGCUUUUAUCUUCUAAAUUUUAUUUGUGUCAUCUUUCAAAAUUUUUUAAUAGAUUCUCGUCUCUUUAUGAGGCAUGUCAGUGAAGUUUUUAUUGCAGGUUUUCCCACAGUUUCUCCCUUACUGUUGAUCUUCAGAGAUCCUAAGGAUCCUUGUUCUGGGCUUCUCAGCUGUUGA